GGCUCUCGCGAAAUGUGAGGCAUGCCGGCGGGGAACGACGGGAACUGAGGCCUGGCCUGGAACUACAACUCCCAGCGUCCUUGGCGCUCGUCGGCGUGCCGGCUUGAAGAUGGGCGACGAAGAGGGCAAGAAGAAGCCGUCGGUGCUGCAGAUGGUCCGUGCGGAAGGAUCUGAUAAGAGCUGUGUUACGUUUGUGCUGCACGAUGAGGACCACACCCUUGGCAACUCGCUUCGGUACAUGAUCAUGAAAGAUCCCGAAGUGGAGUUCUGCGGUUAUAGUAUAACCCAUCCUUCCGAAAGCAAGAUCAACUUCCGGAUCCAGACCAGAGGUGGCCUCCCUGCAGUCGAGACUUUCCAGAAGGGGCUGGAGGAACUCAUGGAUGUGUGCCAACAUGUGCUUAGCAAAUUUGAGGCCAGUGUGGAAGACUACAAGGCUCAGAAAGAUGUCAGUAUGGAGUAACCGGAUGGCGCACGGAUGGAUCCGGCUGUAUAUAAUCAGUGCAUUGGGACUGCAAUUUGAAGAGAGGAAUUUUAUACAUACAUAUAUAUUUAUAAACCUGA